AUGUCGUUUAUGGGAGGCGCUGAGUGCUCGACGGCUGGCAACCCCUUGAGCCAGUUCCAGAAGCACGUUCAGGAUGACAAGACACUACAACGGGACCGUCUCGUCGGCCGAGGACCGGGUGGCCAGCUGGGAGGCUUUCGUAGCUCUCCUGCCAAUGCUCCCCAGGAUGAGAUGAUGAACGGUUUCCUCAACGGUGCCCCCCCAGGUCUUCAACAAGAGUUUCCCACUUUGCAAGGCGGACCCGCUGCCCAGCUGAGCGCUGCACCUCUACCCAGCUCGCAAGCAUGGGCACAAGACUUCAACGCCCAGCCCGGCAUGGACGUCGUAUUCCAGGCCCCGCCGAGUGCUCUCUUCAGCCCCGAGGAGUUUGCGCGCUUCCAGCAAGCCAACCCUGCAGCCGCUGCAGCCAUGGCGCCUCAAAUGCGCGGUGAAAUGUCUUCUGCGAUGCCUCAGCGGCCGAUGAUGAACAUGGGCAUGGGCAUGAACAUGAACAUGAUGGGUAUGGGAAUGGGAUAUGCUCAGCCCAUGAUGCAGCCGAUGUACCAACAGCAACAGCAGCAGCCUAUUCAGCAACAGCAGCAGGACCUAAAGGGUAAGGGAAAGCUGGUCGAAUUGGAUGACAGCAAGUGGGAGGAGCACUUCGCCCAGCUCGAGCUCCAAGACAAGGAAGAGGCCAAGGAGGCCGAGAAGCAGGCCAACGCCGCCGAGCGAGAGCUGGAGGACAUGGACAAUAAGCUCCAAUCGGAGACUAAUGAGUUUGGUGACUUCGAAUCCAUUUGGAAAGGAAUCCAGGCUGAGACUGCUGCUGCUAGGUCGAUGGUGAACGAACAACAAUACUUUGAUCAAUUCGAUACCGAAUGGGGCCAGGACCUCAUGCCCGACCUCGGCGGCGGCGUCAACGACUGGGGACGAUUUGCCGACCCCAUUGUCGAGAAGUACAUGUUUGAGGAGGAGAACAUCUUCCGCGAGCAGAAGAAUGCAUUCGCCGAGGGUGUCCGAGUCAUGAAGGAGGGAGGCAACUUGUCAUUGGCAGCCUUGGCCUUUGAGGCUGCCGUUCAGCAGAACCCAGAGCAUGUGGAGGCUUGGGUAUAUCUGGGCUCAGCUCAAGCUCAGAACGAAAAGGAGACGGCAGCUAUUCGCGCGUUGGAGCAGGCCUUGAAGCUUGACCCCAACAAUCUCGAUGCCAUGAUGGGUCUGGCUGUUUCGUAUACCAACGAAGGCUACGACAGCACGGCAUACCGCACCCUCGAGAGGUGGCUCUCUGUCAAGUAUCCCACCAUCCUGGAUCCCGCAAAUCUGCACCCCGUCGCGGAUAUGGGAUUCACCGACCGACAGCAGCUGCAUGACAAGGUCACCAGCCUCUUUAUCAAGGCUGCCCAGCUUAGCCCUGACGGCGAGCACAUGGACCCCGAUGUCCAGGUCGGACUUGGUGUGCUGUUCUACGGAGCAGAGGAGUACGACAAAGCCGUGGACUGCUUCCAAUCUGCCCUUCACUCUUCAGAGCUGGGCACAACAAACCAGCAGGAACAGCUUCCCCUGCUCUGGAACAGGCUCGGCGCUACACUCGCCAACAGCGGAAGAUCAGAGGAGGCCAUUGCUGCGUAUGAGCAGGCUCUGUCCCUCGCCCCCAACUUUGUUCGCGCCCGUUACAACCUGGGCGUGAGCUGCAUCAACAUCAACUGCCACCAAGAGGCGGCAUCUCACUUCCUUGCUGCUCUUGACAUGCACAAGACCAUUGAGAAGUCUGGCCGCAGCAAGGCGUACGAAAUCCUGGGCGAUGGGGCUUCCGGACAGGUCGACCAAGCUCUCGAUAGAAUGUCUGCCCAGAACCGCAGCAGCACCUUGUAUGAUACCCUGAGGAGGGUGUUUACGCAGAUGGGCAGGAAAGAUCUCGCAGACAAGACGGUCCCCGGCGUGGACCCGGACAUUUUCAGACCGGAGUUUGAGUUCUAG